UUUUGAUAAGAGACAAAAUUUUACAGAAUAAGCAGUUCUACUAAAUAAAGCGCGAAAUACGCGGUUAAAGCUAUUUGCAAAUAGUUUGUGCAACUGUUGCCCGUUUAUUUUCGAUUACUCGAACUAAAAAAGCGUGUACCGUACGAUUUUUGCUCAAUCGUCGUCCACGACGCUUGCUGCUAGUGUUGUUUACAGCUGUAAGCUUUUUUUGUGUUGUUUGGUGUAAUGUAACAACGAACCCCUCUUGUAAUCAGCGGCCCUGUAUCGUGUAGCAUCUCUGUUCCUCGCGUCACGGUCAAUUUAAUCAGUAAAAACAUUUUUAUCACACCACACCUGCAAUACCUCGUUGGUACCACCGGUGGACAUUGUGCGUGUGGGCCUGUAUAGCUCACGCUGUUGUACACAUCAUCAAUCUCCUCCAUUGCUGUGCACGCCAUUAAUCGAUGACUAUUGGCGAUUAGCGCAGAGUGCUAGAUGCAGAAAAGAAGGACGAUACUUCCACGUGCAAAGAAUACUCUUCAUAUCAGCAAAAGUGCCCCUUAAAGAGCUGUCCGACACCACCAGCCUACCAUGUUCCAGAAACGGCAGCUGCGCAUCAUCUACCUGAUGAUUCUAAUCAUCAUGAUAGUGUUGAUCUACAAAAGCUUCACCCAGAACAAACCGAACGAUGAUGAUGUGGAGCAAACGUCCGGUAGUGACCCUAUGCUGAAAGUGAGUGCGCCCGUUUUCGUUGUGGUGUACUACGAGGCACUCUGUCCGGAUUCUAAAAACUUUGUCCUGCGUCAACUGCUGCCGGCCUAUGAGAGGGCACCGGAUCUAAUGGAUAUAGAGUUUGUACCAUUUGGUAAAGCUACGUGGACCACGAAGUCCGACGGAUCACUGGAGUUCGAUUGUCAGCACGGUCAUAUAGAGUGUGAAGCCAACACGAUCCAUGCGUGCGUUGUGGAGGCCGUACGGGAACCCCGUACACGGCUUGACAUGGUAACCUGCAUGAUCGAGAACAAUAUUAUCCCAGUGGACUCAUUCCUCCGCUGUGCCAAGCAGCACGGCGUGGAUAUCGAGUCGAUCAAGAAGUGUUACGACAGUCCGCACGGUGCCGAACUGCUAAAGGUUCACGGUGAAGCGACACAUGCUCUUCGACCGGCCGUUACGUUCAUCCCAACCGUAACGCUCGAUGGGGCACAGUACGUUCAGAAGUCGAUCCUGAAGGAUCUGUUCGGUAAUGUGUGUCAGGUGGUGUCGGGUCGUGGACCGAAACCGGAUGUGUGUAAAUGAUAGCAGUUAGUGCUGCACUUCCUUGCCCGCUACCUGCAAUCGGAGGUACUGGACGAAGUCCGGCAACUUCCCGGGCAACUGCGGCGAGGAUUGUUUUGGCUGCUUAACUAACUUUCCUACACACCCAGAAAGACAGAUUAGGGAAUUGGGAAGGAAUCCUUGUAUCGAGUCCAUCCAAAGUCAUCCGACAACAUGCCAGUUUGUCGAACUAAGUCCUCUAUUGUAAUUUAUUUCUUCCUUUCCUUUUGGGCGGGUGAGAACGCU